CUUUGAUGUCGAAAGCCUUUGGCUGGGGCUCUCUUGUGCUCUCCCUUGGCUCGCGCACUUACAAGCGGUCGCUCGCUCGGGCGCUCUGUGCUUUUCCCAGCAGAACCUUCUGGCGCUGCUGCUUUCUCACUCAGGCAGGGCUGGCUGCUACUUCGUCAAACUUUCCUGGGGCUGGGAGGGAGGAACAAACCAGACCGGGGGGGGAAGGAAGGAGUUGAUUUCUGCCGUAAUCCCUCCGAUUGUCUCUUUCUCCCGUUGGGUUGCAAGCAAAUUCCUUUUCUUUCUUAGACCGACGUUAAAAAAAGAGGGGAGGGGAGAGGACUGAUCUGGAGGUGCGGAGAGACCGGUAGCUGGACCGCUACCCAGCCCGGCUUUUUAAACUCCCUUACCGCCUUCCCCAGCCAACCAAGAAGUUCGCUGGUUCCUGGCGUGGCUCGGGGAGAAGAAAAUGCCCCAGCUCAACAGCGGCGGAGGCGAUGAUUUGGGAGCCAAUGACGAGAUGAUCGCCUUUAAGGACGAAGGCGAGCAAGAGGAGAAAAUCCAGGCGAACGUCUUUACCGAGGGCGACCUGGCCGACCUCAAGUCCUCCCUGGUGAACGAGUCCGAAAGCACCAGUGGCGGCAGCAGCAGCAGCAGCAACGGCGGCACCCAAGCUUCUAACGCCACAGCAACAGCGGGAACCCACGCCGAGGCAAUCAGGCGUCUGCAAGAUCCUCAAAGGGUCUAUCAAGAGAAACUCUCGGAUCACAUGGAAGAUGGCUUAAAACAUCAGGAUCCAGGGAUGUAUAAAGGAUCUUCUUACUCUGGAUACCCUUUCCUCAUGCUCUCAGAUGCUUACCUGCCAAAUGGAUCUAUGUCACCUUUGUCCAACAAGGUUCCUGUCGUACAGCCAUCCCAUGGUAUCCAUCCCCUCACCCCACUCAUCCCCUACAGCAAUGAACAUUUCGGCCAUGGCUCCCAUUCUCCACACCUGCCAGCUGACCUCAACCAGAAACAAGGUAUACACCGUCCUUCUCAAACAUCAGAUAUUUCUGGUUUCUAUUCCCUCCCUCCUAGUGGGGUUGGACAGAUAACGCCUUCUAUGGGAUGGCAGAGCCAGCCUAUCUGUCCUUUCCAGUCAUGUGGAUUUAGACAGCCCUAUACAUCGGCGCUCUCUGCUGGGGCUUCUUUCUCUAGGAUCACACAUCCCUUAAUGCUCGGCUCUGGAAUGCACACACCAGGAAUCCCACACCCGGGUAUCACAUCUCCCUCUGGGAAACAAGAAAUUGAUCAUUAUGACCGAAGCAUGAAAUCACAACCAGAACCAAAGAGAGAGAAGGAAGCCAAGAAGCCUACUAUCAAGAAGCCUUUGAAUGCUUUCAUGUUGUAUAUGAAAGAGAUGCGGGGAACAGUCAUUGCUGAGUGCACCUUGAAAGAAAGUGCAGCUAUCAAUCAGAUAUUAGGGAGGCGGUGGCAUGCACUGUCACGGGAGGAGCAAGCCAAGUAUUAUGAACUGGCCCGCAAGGAAAGGCAGCUUCACAUGCAACUCUAUCCUGGCUGGUCUGCAAGAGAUAACUACUCUUCUUCAGGCUCUUCGUCCCGUGAUCACACAAAGUUUAACUCAGGGCCCCUGGAAUUCAGCAGCACUUCAGGGCCGGUUUCUGCGGCAAGGGGGAAGAAGAAAAGACGAACAAGAGAAAAGCAGCAUGACUCCAACUCAGAUCCUGCCUCUCCUAAGAAAUGCAGAGCUCGCUUUGGUCUCAACCAACAAAUGGACUGGUGCGGCCCAUGCAGGAGGAAAAAGAAGUGCAUUCGGUACCUACAAGAAGGACGCUGUGCCAGCCCAGUUUCUUCCGAUGGAAGUGCUAUAGAUUCCCCUCCCUCCCCUUUGGAUGUGCUCCAGUGCAUAUCCACUGCUUUUACUUCAGACAAGCUUGCUACCCCUGCCGAUUUCACAUCCCCAAACCAAGCCCCUUCUUUCCUCACAUCUGCGCGUAUCAAAACUGCUACAAGGACAUCAGGACUCGCUUCUAAAUGCUUGGCAGUGUCUCACACAUUUGUAUCACCCAGCGAAUCCUCAGGGUACAGUGUGGUAUCAAUAGGAACAUAGUACUAAUGCAGCAAAGACCAGCAAGGCACUUUGAUGAGUAGUUUUGCUGCUAAUGGAAGCGGCCCAAAGACAACCCCAGCCGUCCCACCACGCCAUCGAAUGGCAGCCUCAAAGUCAUGUGAAAGCCAAGUCAGUAAUUGGAAAAGACUGGAGCACUGAAAGUGCUUUUCAAUCUCUCUUCAAAAGUAGGAACAAGGACUCAACACUUAAUUCUGGUCAGUAACUGAGCUAUAUUUCUUUGUUUACCAGAUCUGCUAAAAGUGAAAUACAGUAAACACCAAGAUUUUUAAAAAUAGCUGAAAGGUGCUAAAUGUUAGGCAUUCGUUUCUUACCAUUCAGAGAUUAGCAUUUCAGCCAUAGUCCUCAUGUAGACAUUACACAGGGAUGCUAAAACAGCUGAAAGAGCAGCGGUUUUGUUUUUGGUUUGGUUUUGUGUGUUUUUUAUAAGCCCUGUUGGCUGACGGGAGGUAAUGUAAAGUAGCUGAGCUAUCCAGCAUAAGAAAAAAUGGAAUAAAUUAUUGUGCCUCAUCUUGGGGAAUAAGUGUUGAUUCCAGGUGAAACAGUUUUUCUUCACAGAUAUAAGAGGAACGAUACCCACAGCUUGAAAAUAGAAAUAUUUAUCAGAUAAAGCAUGCAUGAAAGUCUUAAUUGUCUAGUAUUCCUUUGUUGUUGUCGCUUUUAUACAAUAGUUACAACUUUUAUUGCCCCAUUUCUAUUCACUAUAUAUACUCUAGAAAAACAGGGACUUUUCUGCAGGGUUUUUGGCUUUGUUUGUUUUUAUGCAAACUUGGCAUGCAUUUGUUUUGGCCAUGCUGUUUUUUAUCGCAGACAUCUUUUACUUUCUAAACAAUUACGUUGUACCUUUGAGCAUCUCCCAAUAGCAUAUUUGCAGCUUUUGUAGUUGCCCAAAGACAGACAUUCCAGUGCAUUCCAAAUUAAAAAGAGAACCUUUUAUGCUAAGCAGAAUUCUGCAAUCUGUAUUGGGUAUGUAAAACUCAUAAAUGCUUGUUUUGCAUGAUUAAUUAUAUUUUCACUAGUCAUGGGGGCAGGCCAAAGAGUAACAAAAGGCACAGAAAAGCUACACCCCCAAUCUCUAGAAACCUUACUAGGCACAUUUUCAGUCUUUUGAAAGCUCACCAGGAUUAACCAUCACACACUUUCAAGCCUAUUAUGGUAGCCAUUACAGGGAUCUUAAUGUUGCUAAUUUUUUUAUACUCUGUACCAGGACGAUAGAAUAGGCACAGCUCUGCUUAUUAGGAAUAGUAUUUGAUGCAAUUUCUGUCAGAGAGCAGCAAAACCUAACCCUAUUCACAUUCCAUUAGUUGCUCAAGCAUCUCUUGCCCUUCUGUGCAACUUUUUAAAGAAGUGACUUAGGGGCUGUGUACUCCCUCUGGCCCCUAAUGCAUUCCCAGUGCUAGGCAAAGCUGACUAACACAAAAUAAGCACCAUUAUGCUGCUUUACUGGUGCAUUUGUUAAGACUGGCACUGUUUUUCUUGGAGAACACACGCAGCACUCAGGAUACUGUAGAUGGGUACACUGGCCUAUUUGGGAAAAGGAUAGGGAAAGGCAUAUUAUGGAAUGGGUGAAAUAGGCAUUAUUCUCUUAGAAAGCGUAAGGCAGAGCCCUGUCCUUCACAAUACUUUAGCAAACUUGAAUAUAGCCCUCACUAGGUACCAAGGGCUCAGUCACAAAAGUCAUAACAAAAAAACCCAGAGCUUACAAACACAGACUCCAGUAUGUGGACGUAAAGCUGAAUGACAUCUCAGAAGCACCAAAUGAAGUUGUAGCAUAACUGGCCAGCAGGUUAAUCCAAUGCUUAAUGCCAUGUUCAUUUUUCCUUCCUUCUGUGUUAUUUCUUCUUUUCUAGUCUGACAAAUUGGCAUCAUGACUUCACACUUCUUACCUCCCCCAUUUGGUAAAACUGAAACCAAGCAUGACAGAAGAUCAUUAGCCAAAAUAAGCCACUUCCAAAUACUGAACGUAAGAAUACAUAGGGUUUCCCCUGAUCUUCCCAGCUUUGAGGCUAUCAAAUAACCUUUCACUUCCAUCCAUUUCAGAUUUUUAUUUUGAGGGAUAUAUCAAUUGUCAGCCCAAUCCUAUGAACUCAGACGUAAGUCCACUGAGUUACUCCCUGGUAAAUGUGUAUAGGGUUGCAGCCCAAACAGUUCAGUUCAGUCUUAUUGGCAUUAAUUCCAUUAUUGUUAUUCCAGAUUUUAACAAAUUUAUGUCAUUCCUGUUUUAAAAAAUUGUAAACACAAUGAGGAUGUCUUAGGGUUCUCUCCUACUUUACACGCAGCAUCUUGAACACAAAAAACAGUAUUGUAAUUAUUGCAGCACUGUAAAGAAAUCUGAAAGCACCUUUUUAAUAUCCAAUCAUUUUUGUAUUUAAGGCUAUUUAAAGGCCUAAACUAUUUUUUUACAUAGUGGAGUUCUCCUACAGAGUGUUUGCACUAGUAUUCCCCCUUUUGUUUUUUUAUAUUUAGCAGUAUUUUGAAACAUAUUCGUGGACUGUAUUUAAAAUGUUGCAUAAUUGUAUUAUUAUCAUGUAAGCAAAAGAGCACUGGCACAAAGGCACACAGCUAAAAAGCCAAUAUGAGUUAUAGACAGAACCUGUCCAGACUACAACAUACCACUGAAAUAUUGAUUCCCUGCACCAUGAAUCACACACUCAAUUUUUCCAAGAUGAAUGGAGCAUGUAUAUUUGAGUAUGUAUAUUUUCUGGUUAAAUAUUUAUAUACCAUACACAAUAAUGAUUUAUUAUUUAAAAAUAAUUAAGGUUUUCCUAUUACUGAUUUUAAAUACACAAAAUACACACACCUCUGAAAGCUAACACACUUUGCUCUCUUUCUGUACUGGCAAUGCUUCCCUCCUGUACCUACAUGUGCUACACAGCACAGGCUACAGUCAUCAUCAGUUAAAAGCAGGUAUGUUCCUACCUGACUACUAAGGGGAAAACUGUGAAGUCUAAGGCCUAGAUCAGGGAGCAGCUGCAUUACAUUGUUUUAUUACUUGAAGAAAAAAAAAUACUUGAAAACAUGAUUUCAUUAAGGAACAUUAGAGAAUUAAUGUCAGCAGGCUCAUUUCACAAUCUUCCUUUGCUAGAAAGACAGGGUACUUUUAGCAUGAAGGAAUAAAGAUUAAAAGGGGCUUACUUACAGGAAGACAGAACCAGAUUAAAAAGUAGGAAUACACACCUUGUCCCUGAUCCAGUGAAGGACGGGUCCUAGUUGAGAACAGGCCUUCUCACGUACAAGCUAUUUACAGCAGGGGCACAUAGUCCCAAGCAGUUUGCAAUACAGAGGAGCCGAUAAUCUAGAUAUUGCUCCUGUCCCUCUUGCCCCAAUAGAGAGGACAAUCUCAUCCUUCUUGUCUGAUAAAGAGAAAGAUCUAUGGAUUUGAGGCAUCUGUGUAUCAGAGUAUUUUAUAUCAGAGUAUUUUGUCAGUGAAAGAGCUGGAUAGGCUUUUCUGACAAGAUUUGUAAGGGAAUGUUGAACAUGUAUAUAUGAUAAAUUUUAAAUAUAUUUUAUUAAAGGCAAAGGCUGCAGCAGAUGACCCCACUGGGAUCUUUCCAAUGGUGUCACUCUAAUUCUAGCCAGAGUGCUUGCUUCUCCAUCUUUGGAGAAAAUGUAUCCAGAAUUUAAGCUAUGGAAACAAAUUUUAAGGUGUGUGGAUAAGAAAUAUUUGCCAAUACAAAAAAUAAUUAGUCCCACCUGAGAUCAUCUUACAUGCAUGGAAGAAAAUAAAAGUAUUUACCAGGAAAGUUUGCAUUUGUAGUCAAUGCAAUUCCCUGGAGAGACCACAAAUCCAUUUUGUUUGCACACCUGGUACAUACUGUAUAGUCCAUAAACGGGUGAGAAGGGAUAAAGAAAAAUUAUGUGAAAGGCCAGCCAGUUACUUGACAUUAACAGAAAUAAAUUCAAUACCACAUACCUCAGUUUUAGACCUGAAUUGGGUGUGGACCAAUAUAGUACACAUUGAAACAUAUUUGAUUAUUCCAUUUUUCACAUGGUUAUUACAGUUAGCCAGAAACAGUAUACAUAUUUCAAGUCUUCAGCAUAUGUUCGUCUUUAUUGUUAUAAAAUAAAUAUAAAUAGAUUUAAUGGACUUUAUUGGGUCUCAGAUUGACAGGUAAACGGUGAGAAGGGCAAUCAUUUCAUAAGAAAGGGCAGAUUGGACUUCGUAUUUCUUGCACUGCUUUCAUCAUUCAAGUGACCUGAGAACUUAAAGAAAGGUAGCAGUAGGUUAUAGGGAGUCCUGAUGCUGAAAACUGGGACUUCACAAGUCAAUCGAAUGACUGCAAAAAACUAGCACCAUGGUAGUUUUUCAAGAGUUCCAGUUGUAUUAAUUGCCAAUUUCUCACCAUCCAGAAAAUACUCACUGUCCCAUUUACUCUGACAUCCUGUGAAAUUCCUUUGCCCAUGCAAGCAAAGCCCAAGCAGAUUUGCAUCUCAGUGUACUUCCAGAUUCAGGGUUAUUAGGGAUAUAUCGUUAGCUGCACAAAAACAGAGCUGAAUGUGUUGAUGGGCAUGCCGGUCAACAUUUAUGAAUCUAGGAGAAGCUGUGUAAUUUUUUAGCACCCGUUUACAAGAAAUGAUGAAUUACAGACUAACUUUAUCGAUACCCAUUACAGCAAUUAAAAGAUUCCAAAAGCGUCACUUAAAUGCCAAAAAGUAGAUUUUAGAAAUGCUAUAUGAAGUCUUUUGUAUCAAUACAUUUAUCUGUUUUUUGUAAAAUGAAAGCUUUGCUCUUCAUGUUUUACUCUGAGUGUUUAAUUCAUACAUGCCAAUUUCAGUUCUUUAAUUACAAAUUUGAUUUCCUGAAGCCUGUUUGAAUGUUCAAGUCAUGAAAAUACCACUUAAAUAAAUCACAUAAAACCACUGUAUGUAUGUAGCAGGGAACAUUGCUGCAGCAGUUUUCUCAACUAUCAUCUAUUGUACUUUUUUGUUUUUAACUUUGAGCUUGUAUUUUUUGCUUAUGUUCAAGAUUUGUUUAUGGCUUUAUAAAUAAAAUAAUCUACCAGAUU